AUGGAUGGCUCCACACUCUACAACGGCUUUCGGAAGAAGAGGCGAUCCAGGUCCCAACGCGACCGGGAGAGGCGAUUCCAAGGCGGAUUACAAGGUGCUGCCGGCGGGGCUGGGGGGGGUCGCGGCGGCGGGGAGCCUCGGAGGACCAGGGCGCCGUCGCUCCUUUCUUCCUCGGGCUCGGAGCUCGAAAACAAUGGGAACCCAGCGCUCCCCCCGUCCGCCCGACCCAAGCCCCCCCGGAGGAAGAGGCGAGAGUCUUCCUCCCCCGAAGAAGACAUCAUCGAUGGCUUCGCCAUGGCCAGCUUUGUCACUCUGGAAGCCUUGGAGAAGGAUGCAGUAGUGAAGCCUCAUGACCAGGUGGAGAAGCGUCAAGAUCCCUUAGUGAAGAAGAAACGAGACAUUCUUACCAAUGGGCUGCCGUACCAUCCUAAGAAGAACAGAUUGCACCAUCCCCAUUACGGCUCGGAUCGGGAGAACGAUCGCAACCUUUGCCAGCACCUCAGGAAAAGAAAAAGGGUUCUGAAAAGGCUCCGACAGCUUAAGCCGGGGCAGAACAGCUGCCGAGACAGUGACAGCGAGAGCGCGAGUGGAGAAUCGAAAGGAUUCCAUCGGAGCAGUUCCAGAGAGAGACUCAGUGAUAGCUCAGCUCCAUCCAGCUUGGGAACGGGCUACUUUUGUGACAGUGACAGUGAUCAAGAAGAGAAGGCCUCUGAUGCCAGUUCUGAGAAAUUGUUCAACACAGUUGCCAAUAAAGAUACCGACUUGGGGGUUGGUACUCUAACGGAAAAUGAGGACCAAGAUGGCAGGACAUUGGCAACCCCCAAAAUAUCAGGACUAGAACGGAGUCAAGAGAAAAGCCAGGACGCCAGUAAAGAUCUGUCGUUCGACCCCACUGUGCCUAAAGACCUUUGCCCUCCAGUCUCUCAGCCAGCGAUCCCACCUCAUUCGGACCCGCGACCCAAGGUGCAUUCUCCAAGCCCUGCAGCGGUCCCGCAGACGGAGCCUCCUUGUUCAUCACCAUUGGCAGCUCCGCAGUCAGUGCGCACCUCCGAAGAAACCCAACACACCACAGCCCCUCCUCCCCAAAUCCAACGCCCACCACGGCCGUCCUCUCCUGGACAACCAGCUCACCCGAACCUGCCAUCCACACAGCUGCGUCCUCCUUCAAGGACUCUCUCACAACAGUUGUCAGCAUACAACAGCAGCAGCUUAAGCCUAAACAGCUUGAGCAGCAGCAGAAGCAGUACUCCUGCCAAGACUCAGGCCCCCCCUGCACACAUCACCCACCAGCCCUCGGCAUCCCCCUUCCCCCUCUCUCUGCCAAACCACAGCCCUCUCCAUACUUUUCCACCAGCCCUCCAACCUCCUGCCCACUCCCAUCACCCCAAUAUGUUUGCCCCUCCCACAGCAUUGCCCCCGCCUCCUCCUCUGACAUCGGGGACGUUGCAAGUUCCAGGCCAUCCUGCCGGGAGCACAUACUCCGAACAAGACCUCCUCCGCCAGGAGCUGAACACGAGAUUUCUGGCUUCCCAGAGUGCUGACCGGGGCGCCUCGCUGGGCCCGCCGCCCUACUUGAGGACGGAGUUCCACCAGCAUCAACACCAGCACCAGCACACCCACCAACACACGCACCAGCACACCUUCACACCCUUCCCCCACGCUAUCCCGCCCACCGCCAUCAUGCCAACGCCAGCACCUCCCAUGUUUGACAAAUACCCAACAAAAGUUGACCCCUUCUACCGGCACAGUUUGUUCCACUCCUACCCUCCAGCUGUGUCAGGGAUCCCUCCCAUGAUUCCUCCGACUGGUCCUUUUGGCUCGCUGCAAGGAGCAUUUCAACCCAAGACGUCUAAUCCUAUUGAUGUCGCAGCAAGACCCGGAGCUGUCCCGCACACCCUUCUGCAGAAAGAUCCCCGGUUGACAGACCCGUUCAGACCCAUGUUGAGGAAACCAGGAAAGUGGUGCGCAAUGCAUGUUCACAUUGCUUGGCAAAUCUAUCACCAUCAACAGAAAGUGAAGAAACAGAUGCAAUCCGAUCCCCAUAAACUGGACUUCGGCUUGAAACCUGAAUUUCUAAGCAGGCCGCCGGGUCCCAGUCUCUUUGGGGCCAUCCACCAUCCUCACGACUUAGCCCGUCCGUCCACCCUCUUCUCUGCAGCCAGUGCUGCUCACCCUACCGGUCCCCCUUUUGGCCCUCCACCUCAUCACAGCAACUUUCUCAAUCCAGCUGCCCAUUUAGAGACUUUUAAUCGGCCCACGACGUUCACCAGUCUCGCAGCCGUGAGCGGCAAUGCCUUCGGGGGACUCGGGAACCCUGCAGUUACUCCCAACACUAUGUUCGGCCACAAGGAUGGCCCCAGUAUGCAGAACUUUAGCAACCCUCACGAGCCCUGGAACCGUCUGCAUCGAACUCCUCCUUCAUUCCCGACUCCUCCGCCCUGGCUGAAGCCAGGGGAGCUGGAACGCAGUUCGUCUGCUGUAGCUCAUGAGAGAGAUAGAGAUGUAGAUAAAGGAGACUCUUCUCUUAGUAAAGAUGACAAAGAAAGGGAGAGUAUUGAGAAGAGACACCCCAGUCAUCCUUCGCCUGCACCUAUCCAUUCCACAAACUCUCUUGGACAUAGCCGAAGCUCAGCCGAGCAGAUCAGGAACCAUCUGAACCCUGAGGUUCGAGAGAAAGAAAAACCCAAAGAGAGGGAUCACACCGAAUCACGGAAGGACGUUAACGUUGAUGAGCACAAGGCAAAGGAUAGCUACGUUUCAGAAAAAGAAGGCCUGACCCACGAGACCAGAGCAUUAGAAGAAUCCAAACAAACAUCUCGCGUGCCCUCGCCCUACGUCAGGCCACCGGUUGUGGAGAGCACCAGACCUAACAGCACCUCUAGUCGAGAAGCUGAUAAGAAGAACGAGGCAGUGUACGAGAGCUUGAAGAAGGCCAGUGAAGUCAAGGUGAAAGAGGAAAGGAAGGAAGAUCAUGAAGUUCUACCCGAAGCACCGCAGACUCAUCGGCCGUCGGAGCAACCCCCACCCCUGCCCACAUCCAACAUCCAUCCAGGCCCUUUGGUAUCGAUGCCCAUGACGGUGGGUGUAACUGGUAUCCAUCCCAUGAACAGCAUCAGUGGCCUGGACAGGACUCGCAUGAUGACACCUUUCAUGGGAAUCAGUCCGAUUCCAGGCAGCGAACGUUUCCCUUACCCUUCUUUCCAUUGGGACCCAAUGAGGGAUCCAUUGAGAGAUCCCUAUAGAGACUUGGACAUCCAUCGGAGAGACCCUUUGGGCAGAGAGUUCCUGCUACGGAAUGACCCACUUCACCGUCUCUCUGCACCCCGGUUGUAUGAUGCAGAGAGGUCUUUCAGGGACAGAGAGCCACAUGACUACAACCACCACCACCACCACCCCCUUUCCGUUGACCCUCGUCGUGAGCACGAAAGGGGGGCCCAUCUGGAUGAGCGGGAGCGGUUGCACAUGCUUCGAGAGGACUACGAGCACGUCCGGCUGCACUCAGUUCACCCGGCUGCUUUGGACGGACACUUGUCUCACCCAAGUUUAAUUACGCCAGGACUCCCCAGCAUGCACUACCCCAGAGUCAGCCCUUCCUCGGGGCUUCAGAAUGGGAUUCUCAACAAAACUCCGCCCACAGCAGCACUUAGCGCCCCACCCCCUCUCAUUUCCACUCUGGGACCCCGCCCUAGCUCUCCCAGAAGGACUACUCCUUUGUCAACAGAAAUACGGGACAGGCCACCUUCCCAUACACUCAAAGACAUAGAGGCACGAUAGAACUGGAAGUAUGCGCCAGAGAAAGAACAUUAUAAAUGAACUUCAAUAUAAUAGAUCUUCUUACUCAAAGAAAGCAAAAAAACAAAACAAAACUGUAGACUUUGGGUAUGACCCAACUGUACACAAUGUAUAGACCCAAGUGUGCAAAGAUUUCUUUUUUUUUUUAAUUUUGUCUGUUUGUAUAUUGUAUGUUGGCAACUGUUUUCACAAUUUUUGGAAAACAGUCUGUGCUUUUCCCCCCUUUAUUCUUUUCCAUUGUUUGAAAAGUCCCUAUAGGAACAUGGAGAUUUAAAUCAGUAUUUUGGGUACAAGCAAAUGCAAAGUUAUCUCUCUUCUUUUUCAGCGGGAAGUGAAAAAAAAACCUGUAGAUCUUUUUCCUGUAAUUUUUUUAAAAAGUUACUUGAUGGGUUAAUGGGUCAUAUAUGCAAAAUGGGUAAGACAAAAGCUUUACUUUGUAAAUAUGUACAUAGGGAAAAUGCUGAGUAACAUAAUACAGUAAUACUUCUUAAACUGUGCUGUUUGCAGACUUUAAUCCUGAAGAAUGCCGCCCAGAGUUGGCUGCAGUCCAUAUAUUGUUAUAGGAUAGUUAAACCCCUUCAACUAUGCAAUUAAUUUUAAGGCUUUUCACAAAAGCCUGUUUAACUCAAAGGAGCCUUGUCAACCCACCCAACUACAUACUUAAAGUCAUAUUUUCCCUGAACCAAACAAACUUCUUGUCAUCCUUUUGAGAUGAGCAAAUAAGCCAUCAAAAUAGGCCUUCAUCUUCCACAACAAGACUCAGUUGCUUAUUCUUUAUAUCUAGAGCUUUUUUGUUUGCAGAGUUGUACAUUGUAGGGCCAUGUCUGUCCUUGUAGCAAACCUGUGAAUCAAUGCUCUUGCUAUUGUUUUUUUUAAAAAUGAAACUAAAGCAAUGGUUUCCCCAAAGCCACAUCUUGCAUCAAUAGUGAAGCAACCUAAUUCACCUGUCCCAGAUCCAACAAGAUAGCCAGCAUUCUGCACAAACUCUUCUGUAGCUUGUCUGUUAUCAGAUGAGGACCCAGAAUCCUGACCUGUACAAAGGUUCUAUAGCAUGACUCAGCUGUGUGUGCAGUGGCCUCUUAGCUAUGGCAAUUAGACAUGAGGUGGGCAGUUUCUUAGGCCAUUAUUAAUAGCAUCUCCAGUCAUAAGUACAGCUGUGCCAUAAUGUUCCUAGAGUAGACUCACCUAUUCCACAAAUGGUACAGUUGUUGUAGAAGCUACAGUUACUAAGGAGAGAGCUGUUGAGUUGUCAUCACUUGAAUGCUCUCCACAAUGGCCAGAUGUUCAGCAACUCCUGUGACUGUUCUCCAACUACCCUUGCUCCUUCUCUCAAGAACAUGAAACUAAUUUGCUGAGGAGCGAUGAGGAACACAUCCCAUGCUUGCUAGGCAAUGGAAGGUUUUUUUCCUUGACCACCUCCUAGGUAAAUAAAUCUGAAACCGUAUUGAGUAGGGGGUGUGUGCUUUGGGUUUCCAAUUUAGGUUUUUAACCCGAAUCAGGCCCAAUUCAGAAUGAUUCAGUAUUUCUGAAUCAGCCCCAGCAUUGCUGAGCCAAUUCGGAAAUACCAAAGCAAAGCUUUCUGAAGCGCUUCAGAAUGCUUCGGAAAGCUUCAAGUAGUGUGUGGACAGCCACAGCACUUUUCUUGCUGUUUUGUUGUAGUGAGUCACUCACUACCCCCCGCUCCUCCCCCCAGCCAUCGGGUAAAAAAAGGCAGUGGGAAGCUUGAAAGCAGUGCUUUUCUUGCUGUUUGCAAACAGCAAGAAAAGUACUGCGGCUUCUGCCACUCUACCCAAAGUUUUCUGAAGCAGCUUAAAUACCUGAAUAUUUUUCCCGCUUUGGUAAACCUAAAGCGAGAAAACCAAAUCUAGUAUUGAAUGUAGAGAAGAGGUCACAGGAACGUUCCACAUCUGCCCGCUUCCCAGAGCAUAAUGAUGGUAGAGCACUAGAGGUGGUAGGAACUCACUCCUCAGUAAGGGAUGGUCUUACAAUACUCAAGAAAUUAAUUUGAAAAAUGGGAGUGGUUACUUGUAACAUUUUUUACCCCUGUUGCUCACCUGGAAGUUCUUGGACUCCUUCAGAAGUUUAUAAGCAAAUAUGUUAACAGUAAGAUUGUAAUUUCUAAAAUGUGUAUUGAAGGCCCAUUAAUACGAGGGUUGCACCCUGUACCCAUCUGAAAACGGCUUUAUGCAGAAACAUCUUGUUUGGGGAAUGCUGUUCCCAUUUGGGAAAGGAGCCAUUAAUUGAUUUUUUUUAGGGUUGCGUGGCUAUACAUGCUUUCCCAUUUUCUCUUGUGAACAAAGCAAGACUCAGUGAGCAAGGCAAGGGAGUAGUGUGGGGGUUGAAUACUAUCUAUCAGGUUUUGACCGGCAGAAGCAGAAAAUUCCCCACUUUCCUCUUCUCUCAGUAGCCUCAAAAAGAUUAUAUUGAAGGACUAAAGAAUCCGCAUGGAAUAGGGGGAGCUGCAGUGAGAAGGGGAAUAAGGGAAGCUAGUCUCUCCUCCAUUUUGCAGUAGGAGAUGACCCCUGCCUUUUCAAAAACAAUGGGUAUGUCUGAACAGGAAAUAGAUACUUUCCCCCACACACACACCAGUCAGUCUGUCACUUGCAGCCUCUCAUUUUGGUUUAUAAUCUCUGUGAUUAGCACGACAUGUUCCAGCCACAGGAAGAACAACCUCAAGAAAAUACAUGUGAUUUGUUUUUUAAAAAAACUCAUAAAACACUAGCUUUUUGAAACCUUUUAUCUUCUUUUCCCUCUCGUGCUGCAGUUCUGUUUGAGAUAAUUGGGUGAAAAUAUGACUUUUAUCAGAAAGCGUUCAAUAUCUUAUCGACUCCUGGACUGUAAAAUUUGUGUAUGAAAUAAAAAAUUAGUUCCAUUGGUCUUCUAGUGUAUGAAAGUGCUAUCUCAAGUCGUUUUCCUGUUUUGACAAAAAAAAAAAGUCUAAUUACAGACCGCUGUUUCUAAUGAUCAGAAAUCUAUUUUAGUAGUCCACUAAAAGUUUUAGUUGUGAACUUCCAAUUUUGUGAACUCCAGAUGUUGUGCAGUGGUUUUUUUUAAAAGAACAAGACAAAAUGAACAAAAAAAACAAUCCUGAAAAACAAAACAAUAUGUAUACUGGGAUGGUAGUGGUAGCUUUCAGUAUUGUAAAGAAAUUGUUAUAUACAAACUUUUUUGCUGUUUAUCCUGUAUGUAAUAAAGUCCUUUCUAGAUCCUAUGUGAAAAGGGGUGGGAGGGGGAGAAAAACCUGAAGCGAUAUUCAAUCCACAGCAUGUUUCCUCAUCAGCGAAGACUUGUGUAAUGUAAAUCUGUGCCAUGUUAUUAAAAAAUGUGAACUAAA